AUGUCUGGGAAGCGGCCGGAAUCUCGCAGCGAUUUCGAAAUCGCCAUUGUUUGCGCCUUGCCCGUGGAAUUUGACGCUGUCGAAGCCUCAUUGGACGAGCACUAUGGGCCCUAUGGAAAACAGCGAGGAGACCUAAACUUCUAUCGAACAGGGAGGAUCGAUAAAUACAACAUUGUGUUAGCACACUUGCCAGAAAUGGGAAAAAGAAGUGCUGCCAGUGUUGCGUCAAGCCUUUUGGUCAGCUUUCCUCGGAUCGAUCUCAAAAUACUGACUGGGAUUUGCGGAGGAGUACCUUUUCCAUCAGCAGACACAGAGAUUAUAUUAGGUGAUGCGAUAAUCAGCUCCAAAGUAGCUGAUUAUGAUUUUGGAAAGCUAUAUCCGGACGGGUUUCAACAGAGACACGAUUUCACAGACACACUGGGCCGCGCGGAUCGAGAUAUCCGAAGUCUUCUCUCGGCUUUAAAGACUCGCAGACUACAAGAACAGUUUCAAGAAAACAUUUGA